GCCGCGUCACCGAGUAUGCCAGUGGCAUGAUUCAUUGUGCACAAUUAAAGCUUAAUAUUUUUGACGAUUUCGGUGUAUUCAGUGAACAAACUGUGAUCCGCGAGUACAGGAAAGUUGAAGAAGCUGCUCCAAUCAAAAUCUCAUUGUUCCAGUUUCUAUUUCAUCGAUUAGGUUCGCGAGAUCUCGUAAAAAUGACGGGCUCCGAAUUUUUUAAUUUACGAUCAUUCGGAUCGUAAACGUAAUUUUACGAAGAAUCAAUCCCGCUUUGUUUCGUCGAGUAUAUAUUGCGAUGAAAAUCGCUAAAAAUCUGCGUAAACUUGACGUUCAAUGAAUUGUUUCAAUUUCGUUCCAUAUUUUGAAGUAUCAAUGCGUUGAAACACGAAAGUGAGUGCAUACACGCGAAACAUGAACUCUGCGUGGAUUUUGAUAAUCGUCGGUUGCCUGGCUCACCUGCAACUCUGCCAUGCCGAGCUCAAACUUCUGCAAGCUGUGUUCAGACACUCGAACAGAAUGCCUACAAACGGGUCAAAAGUGUAUCCUAAGGAUCCGUAUGUUCACAUGACCUAUGAACCGGAAGGAUUUGGAGGUUUGACGAACGUUGGGAAAAUGUCGUCGUUCGAACUCGGCCAGUACCUUCGCGAGAGAUACGACAAGUUCCUCGGCCCAAUUUACACGAAGGAAACAAUUUGGUUCCGCGCGGACGAGAUCGACAGAGUCGUGAUGACUGGCGAACUAGUCGCGGCCGGCCUCUACCCGCCGUCUAAGGAACAAAUGUGGAAUCCCCGUUUAAAUUGGCAGCCUGUUCCGGUAUGGGCGCCGCCAAUGUCCACCGAUUAUCUCUACAACGGUUUGCACUGCACGAAUUUCUGGAAACUGAGGGCCGACGUGGAAAGUACGGACCCGGUCGUAGCGAAAUUCGAAGCGGAGCACAGGAAUAUUUACGGUUACCUGUCCGAGCACACCGGCGGCAACAUCACGCAGCAGAAAACGUUCAAUUUGCGUCAAUUAUUGUACGCGCAGAGAGAUAUUGGCUUAGAACUGCCUAAGUGGACGCAUAAAGUCUUUCCACAUGGAGAAUUAGACGAACUUGCCGUAUUCGAUAUUCUUAUUCAAAAUAGGACCCCGCAACAGAAGCAAUUGAUGGGCGGGGUAUGGAUUCGAGAAUGGUUAAGGCAUGUCGAUGAUCAUUUAAAUCAAAAUGACAAACGAAAGGCGUUCAUGUAUGCUUGCCAUGAAUUAAAUAUUGCCGCGAUUCUAGUCGCUUUGGACAAUUUCGACCAUAAAGUUCCUUCGUACAGCAGCACUAUAAUGUUCGAGCUGCAUGAAGACGAUAAGCAGCACUUCGUGCAGAUAUUUUACAGAAACAAUGGCAAGACCGAACAACUCAAGAUCCCUGGAUGCGGUACCCACUUGUGCCCGUUAGAAACAUUUAGAGAAUUUGUGGCGCCAAUUAUACCAAAAAAUGUGACAGAACUGUGCGGUAGUUCGGAGUCAAGUAGUUCGGCUGUUAAACAGCAAAGCAAUUAUUAAAUCGAACUGUUUCAAUUCCGCUGCACUUUUCGUGCGAUAUCACGUUAAUGUUUCAUGUAUUGACUAAGUUUAACCAGACUCGCGCUUGUUUGGAAUAUGUAAAAUGUAUGAAAUAAUAAAUUAUUUAUACGAUGCAAGAUGUAA